CAGUGGCUUUCCGCAUCUCCAACAACAUCAUCCAGAGCACCAUUCCACGUCAUCACAUUCAUUCCUAAGCCAGCUUCCUCUUCAUCAUACCUGUAUCCACCGCCAACCACCUUCCCACCCGCCAACACACAAUCACCAUGGCUUCUCAGCAGACUUCCAAGGCGCAGCCUUCCAAGGCGCAGGCGCCCAAGCCGAGGGCCGGCGGCAGCUCCGACAUCAAGGUCGAGUUACGGGAGAUCCCUGGUUAUGAAUACCAGAAGGGGGCGCUCCUGGAUCUCAUCGCAGCGACGGCCACGAAGCUGGGUAUGUCCGGCACGGUCUACGCCACCGCUCUGAGCCAGAAACAGGAUCCGCUUCGCUCGGUCUCGGAUAAGACCGGCAAGUCUACGUGGAGGGUUGAACUGCGCCGGCCUGUUGUCGGUGUCGAUGGUGUCGAGGAGUGCAUCGUGUUGCAGAUCCGGACCAGUUACACGAUUCCCUCUGCUUUCGGACGGAAGUAGUAGAGGCG